UUCAAUUGAGCGAGCUGCUAGUCCUGCUGCUACGUUAUUGUGGCUUCAAGCUGAAGUCACUACAAAUUAAAUGUUGUCUUUCUACAUAGGACGGCUUAACAAUAUAUAAUGGAGACAAAACACGGAUAAUAUACGAUUUUUAAAACAAAAAAAAGAACAUGUUUAAACGUUAUGAGCGCGUCUAUGACUUCGACUAGCAAUGACAACAGAUGACAACAUGUCGCAAGCUAGCAACAGUAGCUACACUACAGUAUCCAUUUAAUGUAUAAAGCUACGUGUCCUGGCUGAUUUGACUUGAACUUAGCUUGCUGCAAUGUCCUGUCUUCCGCAAAAUAACCUGAAAGAGCAGCUCCAGAAGCAUAGUAAUGCAGCUCAGAGUAGACUGGCGUUAGCCAAACCAAAGCCGGGAGCAUUUUGUUUCAGAAAGAAGUCUUCAUCAGGCAUCACUAAAGUAGAAAUACCCACAAAGGUAAACAACUCAAAUGUCUUGGCUUACAGGAGUGUCAACAUCCCUCAAAACAACGCAAUAACUAAACUUCCUUUGAUAUUUUCAACCAAGCCUAACCCACCAGUUGUCAAAAUCAACAACCACUUUCUAAGCUCUGAAUACAAGUCGGAUUCCAGCAAUCCUGUGUUCAGCUCACAUCCUCUGAGCAAGUCUGUUACAACAUUUCCUACGUCCAUUGCGUCUGAUGGACCUGCUUUGACAAAGUCGGAAAGUUCAUUCACUGUUAGCAAUGGCAGCAAAGCCGCAGGACUUGACGGGUCAUUUGGGUUUCCUGUGAAUGCUUGGGAUGAUUUGGAUGACUUUGAAACCCCUGUCAAGGGCAAAAAGGCUCUACCAAGCCCAGGCAGAACCCUCUCAAGUGGAAAAGCACCACAUAGAACGAACAGAACAGAUGAAGACAUCCCAGGACUUGGACUGGACCUGGCAAACAGCCAUGCUGUGAAAAAGGAUCCUCUGGCUGGGAAAGAGAUCGCUACAGAGGGCUCAGAACAGCCCAUUGCAGGCAUCCCUGAUGUUUGCCCAAGAGACACACACACCCAGGAUGAAGAGUGGGCACCGGAGAAGGAUUCCCCUAUUCAGAUGGCUAAGAGACGGCCCACUGCUCCAUCCAAGUCAGUUUUGAGUGACAGUGAAGAGGAAAUUACUGCUGAGACCAGUACAGCCAGAGGAAGUCGGACAGGUCAUAAGAAAACAUGGGUUGACCCAGAUAUAAUAGAUGUUGACUAUAAGGAACCAGAAGAUGACUUGGAUUACAUCCCUCCAUCCCCCCAGCCUGAAGAGUACAGUCCUUCAUUUUUUUCUAGGAGAAGUGUUUCCAGAUUGCAACCUGCUGGUUCAGCCAGUACAGACAUAAGCCCUGUCUCAACAGUGAAGUCUGUGUCAAGCCUGCACAGUGUCUCAGAUGCCCAUCCUGAAAAAAGUGUCACUAAUCACAAGACAGAUGACCAGCUCUUCAGCAUCAUGGAAUCCAUCUGUUCUCUAGUGGAUUCCAUUCCUGAGCAUGCCAUAAUAGGCCUGUCCUGUGGAACAGAGCUGCUACUCCUCAGGGCUCACAGAAAAAGGAUUCUUGCCAAGGGAAGUGACACGUCUAUAAUCAAGACCCAGCCAGACAGCAUCGUGAUCUUGGAACCCAGCGAUAAAGAGAAGCCUUCCUUUUCACUUCCCACUCCCAGCACUACGUCCUCCAGGAACCCCUCCAAGAAACCAUUUAGCAGGACGUCCGCUAUAUCAGUAGACUACAAUAGCAGCAUGUUCGAGGACUCUGACUGCCUCAUCAAUGAAGUUCAGACUCCCAGAACGUCAUGGAAGCCCAGCACCAUAGCCGAUUCAUACAUCAGAGGACAAAAGGCGAAACCACUAAUUAGACGCCAGAGUAACACGGACUCCCCAUCAGCUUGUGUCCUCUCGAUACCGUGUGACCUGCCUACAGACGUAACUAUUGAUGACCUGGAUGUCCCUGAGCUCUUCUUCUCUCCUAAGAGACCAGCAGCUGUCCAGAGCAGAUGGGAGAACAGUGCUUCAGCAGUGGCUGCCUCGGCUCCAGUAGAGACAGAGCUCGAUGACUUCUUCAAUGACAACUUUGAUAUAGAUGACCUGAACGAGUCAGACAUCCCUGACUACUUUGAUGAAGCGGCAAGCUCUUCAACAUCUCGGUUUAACUCCCGCACCGUGACGUCAGCAGUCAAGGAGGGAGGACCCACUAAGUUGAGCUGGGAGAAGAGACCAGUCACUCCAGCUCCUGCCUCUAAGCCUGCCCCAAAGAUCUCCUCUCCAGAGUCUACAUAUAGAAAUCCUGCCCAUGAUCGCUUCCGAGGGUUCAACUUCCCCCACGCUUCAGAGAUGAUGAAGAUCUUCCACAAGCGAUUUGGUCUUCAUCAGUUCCGCUUUAAUCAGCUUGAGGCUAUCAAUGCUGCUCUACUGGGAGAGGACACGUUUAUUCUGAUGCCCACUGGUGGGGGUAAGAGCUUGUGCUACCAGCUGCCUGCUUGUGUGUCCCCAGGGGUCACUAUAGUGAUCUCCCCAUUGAAGUCACUCAUUGUAGACCAGGUUCAAAAGCUCACCACUCUGGAUAUCCCGGCCACAAGUUUGUCUGGUGAAAAGACUGAUAGAGAAGCUGCCAACAUCUACAUGCAGCUGUCCAAGAAAGACCCCAUAAUCAAACUGCUGUACGCCACUCCUGAGAAGGUGUGUGCCAGUCACAGGAUGAUCAGCGCCCUGGAGAACCUGUAUGAGCGAGGCCUCCUGGCUCGCUUUGUCAUCGACGAGGCUCACUGCGUCAGUCAGUGGGGUCACGACUUCAGGCCUGACUACAAGCGGAUGCACGAGCUGAGGCAGAAGUUCCCCAAAGUGCCCAUCAUGGCCCUUACUGCCACCGCCACCCCCCGCGUCCAGAAGGACAUCCUCAACCAGUUGCAGAUGAGCCGGCCCCAGUUGUUCACGAUGAGCUUCAACCGGACCAACCUCAAGUAUGUCGUGCUGCCCAAAAAACCCAAGAAGGUUGACGAAGACUGCAUCGGCUGGAUCAAGAAGCAUUAUCCACGAGACUCGGGCAUAGUGUACUGCCUGUCCAGGAAUGACUGUGACACCAUGGCAGUAAGUCUCCAGAGGGCAGGGAUCCAGGCACUGGCCUAUCAUGCAGGUCUCAACGAUAACGACAGAGAGUACGUCCAGAACAAAUGGAUCAACCAGGACGGAUGUCAGGUGAUAUGUGCCACCAUAGCCUUCGGGAUGGGUAUCGACAAACCGGACGUACGCUAUGUGAUCCAUGCCAGUUUGCCUAAGUCUGUGGAGGGCUACUACCAGGAGUCCGGCAGGGCAGGCAGGGACGGGGAGAUCUCCCACUGCGUCCUCUUCUACUCCUACACUGACGUCAUCCGCAUCAAGAGAAUCAUCAGCAUGGAUAAAGAUGGCAACCGAGACACGAAAGCCACGCACUUCAACAACCUCCACAGCAUGGUGCAUUUCUGUGAAAAUGUGAUGGACUGUAGGAGGAUUCAGCUGCUGGCUUACUUUGGAGAGCACAAAUUCAACCCCAGCUUUUGCAAAGACCACCCGGACGUCAUCUGCGACAACUGUGCUAAGCCUCAUCAAUACAAACAGAGGAACAUGACUGAGGACGUGAAGAAGAUCGUCAGGUUUGUCCAGGAGCACUGUGAGAAAGUGGGGUGCAGAUACGGCAGGUCCUCCAACCAAAACCGACUGACCCUUAACAUGCUGGUGGACAUUUUCCAGGGUAAGAACAAUGCCAAGGUGCAGACAGGGAUGUUUGGGAUGGGAGCAGCCUUGUCCAGACACAACGCAGACCGUCUGUUUAAGAAGCUGGUGCUGGACAACAUCCUAGUGGAAGACCUUUUUAUCGGUAGCAACGGCCAGGCCAUAGCGUACAUCUCUGCUGGACCGAAGGCCAUGAAUGUGCUAAAUGGACAGAUGCAGGUGGAGUUCUUUGAGACAGAGUCGGCCUCCAGCAUCAGGAAACACAAAGCCUCCGUGGCCAAGAGCGUUUCUCAGAGAGAGGAGAUGGUCCAGAAGUGUCUCCAGGAGCUCACAGAGCUGUGCAAGAAGCUGGGCAAGGUGUUUGGCAUUCAUUACUACAACAUCUUCUCCUUCGCCACUCUGAAGAAGAUAGCCGAGACGCUGUCGGCAGACGCGGACAUGCUCCUGCAGAUAGACGGCGUGACGGAGGACAAGCUGGAGAAGUACGGGGCAGAGGUCAUCGAGCUGCUGCAGAGAUACUCACAGUGGAAGCUGCCCGCAGCAGAGGACGAGCGGGGCGCCAACCCAGGGAACACUGACAGAUGGAUAGACAUGACACGAGACAAUGAGGGCGAUGAUGAUGACGACAGCGGACCGUCAAGCUACUUUAGCAACACAACAGGCCAAAAACAAAACAGAGGACAGAAGAGAAAGAAAGCGCCCGCCUUUAAUACAUCCAAAAAAAGGAAGGCCUACGGCAACCAAAACUACAAUUCCAAAAGUGGCUACAGUCGCAACAAAUCCUGGACAUCCAGUUCCAGGGGUCGUGGCCAGUCUGCAGGCACAGGCUCCACCAGGUCGGCUGCAUCUUCAUCAUCAUCAUCGCCAUCAGGACCAGUAGGGAGGAGGCCAGGCUUCAUGGCCAUCCCUGUACCUCAAACCAACGCCAGACCUUUUCUCAAACCAGCCUUCUCACACUUGAACUAGACAAGCUAUCUUGUAUUGGCAAGGACAAGGAUACUCUGACAGUUUAGACUUGUGUUUUGUACAAAUGUGUUUUAUUUUUGUGCAGUUUUUGUCUUUAAAUGGAUGGAUUUGUUGUAUUUAAUUGUACAGUUAUGCAAUGUUCUUUUAAUUUUUUUAUUAAAGGUUACUUGAAAAUC